UUCCAAAUAUUCAUCCGAAAAUUUUGAAUUUUACAAAUUUUUUUACAAUUGAUGAAACCUUUUAAUUUCGACUGGAUUUGUCCGGAGAGUCGGCGACGCACGAGACUUGCGCUUAAGAAUGUUUGCCGAAUCAUCAUUAUGAAAUGUUUACUUAUAUCUGAGAUUCCUUUUAAUUUUAAUUUUUCCAAAAGUGAAUUAUUAACUUUCUAAUUUAUGAACCCUUUCCAUUUUAAACAUUUUUUACAAACAGGAAAUACUGCGGCUGAAUUUCAAUUCAUACGGAUAUUUUUUAUUAUAUUUUUAUUUGCAUUUUAACCUAUGUGAAAAUGUGUGGAUCUGAUAAUUUAUCAGUUUACAUAUCAGAUUCCUAAAAAUUGGGGGCAAUACGUGGGAGGAUCCUCCCCCUACAAUUAUCCUUAUUCAAAGAAAACCUAUGUGCAGUAGAGUGUACUAUACACUCCUAUCUUCGCUAUGACAGUCAAUGUGUCACCGACGUCAUAUCCACAUUUUAUAUGUUUAUAUUUUCAUCGAUAUUAUCCAAAAAAUGUUGUUUUUUUAUCCAUAUACCUACGUUUCCACUGUAAAAGUCAUGUGUAAUUGCAAAAAGCAUAAUUAUCAAAUUUAUGUACCGGAGAAGCUGAUUGGUUGAUCCAAGGUCACGAAAUCUGACCAUCCAUGCCUCGAAAGAAACAGGCGGCAGUGCCGCUUCUGUUCUCUUGGUAUAUAAGCGCAUAGUUGCUCGAUUAGAAAAAUGACCGUAGAAAUCGAUAAGGAAGAGUUAAAAAAACGUUUGACGCCGUUACAGUGGCACGUCACACAGGAAAAGGGAACCGAAAGACCUUUUAGUGGUUGCUACAACAAGUUUUAUGAGAAAGGCACGUAUACCUGCAUAAUCUGUGAUCAAGAAUUAUUUUCUUCUGACACAAAGUAUGAUAGUGGCUGUGGUUGGCCUGCAUUCAAUGAAGUAUUGGAUCAGGGACGAGUCAAAUUAACCAAAGAUACCUCGCACGUUGGUGGAAAUCUACUACUGCUGAUCGCAAACCCAGAUAUGGUGCGGACCGAGGUGACCUGCUCAAAAUGUGGUGCACAUUUGGGACACGUAUUUAAUGAUGGACCAAAACCUACGAGGAAGCGGUUCUGUAUCAACUCGGCGUCCAUAAACUUCCAUCCAGCAGGAGAAGAAAAGAAGACACCAUCGUAAAAUUAAUAGGAAAAAAUUUUCAACGAAAUUUACAAAUGUCACAAUCUAAUUUAUAUUGAAAAAGAGUUUAUAUUUCGUAAUAUAAGCGUAACUCAAUUCGAUAUUUUAAAUUACAUUUUGCUGUUCCAUAAAAGUUUCAUUACUUUUUCAAAAUGCGAGCAAAUAGGUGUUAACGAAAUAUCAAUAACAUCCUAACAGUUAUUCUAUGCGUGCUAUGAACAAUUGCUUAUAAUCUCAAGUAUGCCAUAAAUUCUAAGCAUAUUUUUGUGCAUUAGCAAGCAUAGAUUUAUUAUAAAAGAAAUAUGUAUAUUUACAUAUUAUGGGCUGAUAAAAUAUCUCAGAUUAAUUUUUGCAUUAUCAUAAUCUUAGAAUUAAUACAAUUCUGUACAUACACUCUAAAUGAAUGUUAGAUAAAAAAAAAACAUUUAGCGUGUAUAAAAGAUCUGAUAAGUUAAUGUAAAAUGUGUAAGAAAUAACUUAUAAAAACAUUCUAUUAUUUUUUCAUGUUAUAUGUAAUGAAUAUAAUAUGUAAAUAAUGGUUACUAUUUAUUUGUCUUAAUAUAUCAAAUUAUA